UUUCGGCAACGCUGCAAAAUUCCAACGAAAUCAGCUGACUCUUGACGACAAGAAAUAUUCGAACCAAAAAAGAAGUCCUAUGUGUAAGCUUCGUUGGCGCCGAAAUUCUGUGCUCGCUCAGAAGAGCAGCCCACUUUUAAUCUAACGAAAUUCUUUGUUUUUAAAUGAAACAUUUUCACGAUGGCGAGCAGAGGUCAAGAUAAUAAUGAAGUUUUCAAAGCCAGCAUUGAGAAAAACCUCUCUGCUCUGUUUGAUUGUGUAAAAAGUUUAAAGACCAUGUUUGAUGACACACAUUUUCCAAUUGAUGAUGACAAUGUCAUGCUUCAUCGUCUUGGGGACAGGUUGGAAUUUUUGCUUCAUGUUGGACUAAGGCAAAGUUCUGGUGUGUUUAGCCGAUCAAAAAGUCCUUGGCAUUACAUAAAUUCGUGCCUUAGCAAGUUGAAAACCAAUCAUGAUGGAAUCCGUUUUGUGAGAGGAUUAUCUGAGCUCAAAACUCCAAAAGGGAGACUUCGGUCCUUUCUUAGAUUUUGCCUUGUGCAUCAGUGCCUGGCAGACACUUUGCAGCAAUGUACACUUUGUGAAAGUGUAACCGGUGAAUAUUACAGUGCAAAUUCUUUAUUUUCAAAACAAACUUGGAGGUCAAGUUUUAUUGCAUCACUCUACGAACUCAACGACAUACAGUACGACCUAGCUCCGACUGGCUAUGAUUUGGACGUCGGGUGGCCCACUUUCGCCCGGAAGCAGUUUGGCAGUUUCAACUGGAGCAGACAGCAAUCUUCCUCGAGGCUCUCCGUCAGUCUACUUUCCGCAUCAGAAUCUCAGAGCGUCAAUAGCUUUCAGAGUGAGUUGACUUCGCCUUUGUGCACUGGCCCGUUAAACUCAACUAUGGCCAGUAGCAUUCGCUCGAGUAGUCCGUCUCCGCCGCCGGAUCCGCAUGAAAUCAGUCGACUUCUAUCUACGAUACGCCAAAUUACGGAGGAUAAAGAGGAAUUACAAGUUCAACUGGAUUCUCUUUGCAAACAGCUGGACGAGGGAAGAGAAAAUGGAAAAAAGGAUCGGGAACAGAUGGAGGUGGAACGACGGCAGCACCAAGAAAAGACAAUUGAAUUGGAGCGACGCUUGGAACUAGCCCACAAGCAGGUGAGCCCACAAACACUUGAAAGUUUACGACAGGCGGAAGCACUUGGCCGGAAGAUGCUGGCCGCCCGAGAUGGAGAGGUGGAAUUGCUCAAGGCUCAGCUGGUUUCCACCGAGGCCAAAGUGGAUGCGUUAAAAGAACGACAGGAAUUGCAAAAGGUUAUCAUUAUGGGGGAGGUACGUAAGAUGGCCAACGAAUUGGCCGCGACUGAAUUGCAACUUAAGAAAUGGAAAAAAUUGGCUGUUGAUUGGGCCCAAAUCGAGCAUAUGGAUGAUAUUAAACUAGACUCGAUACAAGAAUUGGAAGGAGCCGAAGAACUGGGCAAAAAACUGAAGGAACUGUUUAGCGCCCAGCAGACAGCCGCUAAAGAAUUGGAAGCCAUCAAAGAAGCCAACAUGUCGUUGGUGAGGGCCUUAGCCCAACACGAUCAUCAGCUGUCGACGGUAACGAGCCAGUUAGAUCAAACAUGGGUCUGGUUCUCUAAACUGAAAACACAAGCAAGUCAAUUACAGACGGACGAGUCGGUGAUGCGCUAUGAUUUGAAAGAGAAACGAAAACUGCUCAACAGUUUAAAAGAACAAUUGGAAGUGUCCAAGCAGCAGUGGGACCGUAUACGUAACCAGAAUCACGCCAAUCAAGAAGAAUGGCAGUCCUUUCGUAACGAAUUGGACGGGCGCAAAGUCACGGGCGCGACAGCCGUUGCACAAAACGAAGUAGAACCAGUUGAUGUGGAAAGGGAACAACCAGCGUUUGUUCCUCCUAUCGAUUUAGUGUCAGACAUUGUUCCAAAUCAAGUCGUAUCCGACGAUGAUGAGUUACCAGUACCGGAAUCAACCACAGACGGCCGAGAAGAACGUUUGCAAUUAAUGGAGCAGCAGUGUCGUUCUCUCUACGCCAAACUGGUCAAUUCCACCAGCCGGAACGCGGCAUUAGUCAGCCGACUUGCUAACCUCCAUCAGCAUUACGCCAUCAAAGAACAACCGUCCACUCCGACCAUUUCUGCCCCGCCGGAGAGUUUGGUUGAGAAAGUGGUCGAUCAAGGGAAACACGCGGAAGAAGUGAUUUUGGAGAAAGAUCGCCAAUUGGCGGUCGUAACGGAAGAAUUGAAAGCCAUAAAAUUCGACCAAGCUACUCGUCAGUUGGAAAAAGAGAAAGAAAAACAGCAUUGGAAUUUUCUUCUUCAGGCGUACCAGCAACAGGAGGAACAACUGAAAUUGGCGCUCAGUCAAUUGGCAGAUAAUGGGCAGCUGAUUGGAUCGUUGCAGCUACAGUUGAGUUCACUGACGGGCCGCAAUCAGGAAGAGCGUCAAUCGUUAGACGCCCAAUUCCGGCAGAUGGAACUUUCUUUGAUGACCAGAAACGAAGAAUGCGAAGGUUUAGUCAACGAAAUCCGCUCCACGGUUGCGGAAAUGGAUCAAUUGAGGACGUCGUAUAUAGAAUUGCAAGAGAAAUUCAAAUCCUGUCAAGAAGCUGAAUCUCAAGCCAGAAAAGACAACCAGAUGUUACGCGAAGAAUCUCUCAUGUUGCGUGAUAAAAUCGUCCAACUCAUCAAGGAAAAGGAUUGUCUGUGGCAGCGCAGUGACCGACUUUUACAUUUACAAAGGAUUCAGGCGACGGAUCAAUGGGUAGCUGAUGGAUCUAUUCGUGAUUGUCAGAACUGUCAGUCUCGUUUCACCAUUUUUGUCCGGCGUCAUCAUUGUCGCUUGUGUGGUCGCAUCUUUUGCCAUUCUUGUUCUGAUUAUUGGCUCAAAAUUGCUUCCAGCUCACGACCCACGCGUACAUGUCACGAAUGUUUUGCUAUCCAUCGACAGUUUAGCCAACCGGGCGCCACUGCCCAGCUGAGCGAACUCCCCCUGACUGAGCCUCCGGAAGCUAAAGAUCUGAAUACUCAGCCAGUUGUCGUCCAGCAACAACAACAACACGAUGGUGGGACAUUGGCUGAACCUUGCGCUGGAUUCAGCGUCAUCAGCGACGAUGAGAUUGUUCAAUCCCUCAACGACUCGAGCCCGUACAGCAGCCCUAGGAAUGGUCCUAUUAACAAAAACAUCCGCACGGCAGCCAUACGUACUUUCAGUUCAUUGGUUCAUGAUGUGGUAGAUGAAACCGUUCCAUCGGAAUCCUUCGUCAGCGCCGGAAUGAUUUAUCGGAUUCCGAUCCAAGUUGAACGACCUGCUUGCACUCUACAUUGGAAAUUCAAAACCGAUCCGAGGAGCAUCGCGUUCGCUGUUGUCGGAGCUGAAGACGACAAUCAAGGUGAUGACUCUUUGACGCGAAUUAUCGUCGAAACAGCUCUCCAUAAAUCGGAAGAGAACUUUGUGUGCGGACAGGCUGAAUUGCCCCUUCCCGGACUUUACUACAUUUACUUCGACAACAGCUAUUCGCGUUUCUCUGCCAACAAGAUAACCUUCCAUCUCCAUUUGACAGCUCCCAGCUCACCCAUUUGACGGCAAACAACGUCCCAAUUUUUAUUGAUGGCAACCCUUUUUUUUUUUUUUUUUUUAAUUCAUCGCAAAGAGAAAUCAAACGAUCCUUUGAAGAGUGCUCGGCAACUGUGGUCGUCUUAUUUAUAAUUUUAUAUAGUGCGUUGGUUAAAUGUCUUUCGAUGCAAAGACGUUGAUUUUUCUCUGAAUAGACGUGAUUUGAAGAAACAGGACAA